GUGGCAGCAUGGGAUGGGCUGUGUGCGACGCCCCUAUUCUCAUUCCCAUUCCUAUGCGUACAUCUGUAUAUGUGGAACACGCGCUGCCAACGCAAUGAGUUUAUGUUUAUGUUGCUCUGCAGGGCCAAGAAACAAUGGAGCAACAGCAACCCCACACUCGCGCUGGCUGGCAACUGCGGCUACGACGACGAUACCAACCACUGGCACAGGCGCAGGCACUAGCACUAGCACUGCCAGAGGCAGUGGCAGCAGCGGUAGUAGUCCCUCCUCCCAGCAGCCAGUCAGUCUGUGCUCUGCUUUGGCCAGCAGCAGACGGGAGUCAACGACGGAAUCGCCGCGAUCGCUUGGUCCUCAACCACGUCCACCGUUCGCCGUUCGCGCUCUUUGAUUGUUCCGAGUUUUUCGACGGAAUUUGUUCGGUUUUUGUGUAGUAUAUUUAUUUAUUUCUGUUGUUAUCGCAUGCUUCGUCUCGGUUUUUAGUUGAGGAAUUAGCAAAAUUUUAUUUUAGACAUUAAGGCGUUUGCGCCUGGGCAGGAGAAGCGAAGAGCAGCGGGUGCGUUCCUCGUAAAAUCAAAUCAACACAAACGCGGCCGGAUCCCAUAAAAGUCAUCCCCAAACAAUUGACUUGGAUCAGAGAUCAUUGUUGCAGCGUUGCAGCCUUAAUGGAACGUGCCCUGUUCCAUGUGCGUGUGGAUUACCCGUUGCCAUCGUCCGGAGUGCGACAAACAGUCCCAGUUGUCGGGGCCAUAACGAAGGGAGCGUGAGCGUGACCGUGUGUGCCUGUGUCUGUGUCUGAAUCAGCCACAAAAUGAAGCGCGACGUGUCCACAUCGACAAUUGGUCGGGACGAGGCCCGCCGUCCGCUGAUGGAGGCUUACAUGUUUCAGCGCCGUCUUCUGCUGGGAUGCAGUCUGCUGAUGGUCAUCUCUCUGAUAAUCUGGAUUUUGGCCAUAUCAACAGAUCACUGGAUCAUUAUAUCCGGCGGAACAGGCAUCUUCAUACCGGAGUCCAGACGCUUCUUCAUGUCCUCGCACUCGGGACUGUGGCGGCAUUGUCGGAAUACAAUCGUGCCUAAUGCCCUGACCAAUGCUCAGGUUGUCCGAAACUUCAGCUCGAUGUCAUACACCUCCCAGACGAACAUCAACGAUGCCAAGCGCAACCUCUCACACAUGGACUUCGUUAAGCACUUUGCAGAGGAAAAACUGAACGAGACGGAUAGCUUCACGGAGUCGGCCCGUCGUCGCAUGUUCGCGCAUUGGGCACGUGGUGAAGAGGAGGAGUUUCAGACGUUUCGCAACGCCUUCCGCAAGCUGGUCAUGUCCACAGAGGAGAACCAGCGCCAGUUUAAUGCGACAGCCAUCAAGCCCAUACCCAUCGAUCCCUUGGACGUCAAUGGCAUCAUAGCGCGGAAGACCUUUGGCUCCGCCCUGCAGCGUGUCAAGUACAACAACACGUGGUCCUACUAUGUGAUACCGGAGGUGGCCCAGGAAGCUAUAUUCAGCAACUGGACAAACUACCCGCUGGUCGUUCGUCUCCUGGCCACCUACAUUCGCGACAUCAACAUACCCGCCUUUGUACUUAAUGAUGAGCGUGUGAUCCUGAUACUGGUGCCGCCGCUGCCGCCGAAAAGGGGCGGGCACACAGCCUUCUACAGUUACAUACCCAACCAGCGCUGCAAAUAUAUCGACAUGUUCCCCAACUCCAACACACUGCGAAACGAGCCCGGCUUCGACGACGAGGUGAUGGUGGGUUGGUAUUUCCUUUCAGACUACAUCCGAACGCAGGCAUCGUUUGCCUGCAUCACACUGUUCGUCAUGAGCCUGGGCGCCGUCUUCUCCUUCUACACGUUCAUGAAUCCUCGAUACAUGUUUAAGCGGCUGGCCGGCGGCAUUCACCUGGUGGCUGCGUCCACAGCUCUGGUUGUUCUCCAGGUUCUUUUCUCAUCCAUUGACUACACAAAGGACCACCUGUUCUAUGCAUAUCCGGAUGGUGCGGAGUUAACGUAUGGAUAUGGCGUCUACUUGGCCUGGUUCACAUUUGUGGAUAACAUUUUCUGCGGUCUAAUGUUCCUGUGGUAUUCUGGCAAGAAGAAGGGUGCCAAGGCGCCCAAUGACGAGGUGGCCAUGGCGGACGAGCCAACUAUAAUGGGCAGAUAAUAAAAGUAUGCCGAAGAUGAUGAUGGGCAUUGUUUGAAGAUGAUAACGAUGAUGAUGCCCUUCUUGCGACCAAAGACCAAAGCAGCCAGCGUAUGUUUGGUUUGCUUUUUCACUUAAAUUUGUUAUUUGUUGUUUUCUUAAUAGAUGUAUUUAAAAUGUUCGCUUUAUUACGUUAAGAAUGAAAUAAAGAUAUUAUUGGAUUUCAGUAA